UCUCACUUUGAGUUAUCAAUUUUUUUUUGGGCCAUGGACGUUGUUCUUGAGCUUACGGAUACCUUUGUCGCAGACUACAUCUACGCAUGGCUUUUUCCGCAGGGUUCAAAUCAGACAAAUGAUGCUCCCUAUCCCUUAUCCUCUCACUCAGCUUUUGAUCGGAUUGAUUGGAAAUAUGAGCCAGCCUCAGCCCUCAUACACUUUGAACCGUCUCCCGCGGCAUAUAUGAGCACGUUUAAUAGGGAUAAUGCUUAUCGACAAUUUAUUACCCUUCUUAUGCUUACAUGGAUCUUCGGACUCAUUAACUACAUCCUGUUUGCAACAAUCUCAUUCUUCUUCAUAUUUGACAGAUCAACGCUAGCACAUCCAAAGGUCAUGAAGAACCAGGUAUGGCGAGAAAUUAAGCAUGCUACCGAAGCCAUGCCGUUAAUGGCUUUGUUGACGGCUUUCUUCUUCCUUCUCGAAGUCCGUGGCUACUGCAAAAUGUACGAAUCUACGGCCCAAGGUCCUGGGCUUUGGUAUGAUAUCCUUCAGAUACCCCUGUUUAUGCUGUUCACGGACUUUGGAAUCUAUUGGAUUCACCGAGGCUUGCAUCACCCACUUAUCUACAAAAGAUUUCAUAAGCCGCACCACAAAUGGAUUAUCCCAACCCCGUACGCCAGUUACGCCUUCCAUCCACUCGACGGAUUUUCUCAAUCGAUGCCCUACCAUAUAUAUCCACUGCUGUUCCCCUUAAAUAAGUUUAUCUUCUUAGGCAUGUUUAUUUCCGUCAACAUAUGGACUGUCUCCAUUCACGAUGGUAACUUCUUGGCCAAUAACCCGCUGGUCAAUGGCUCUGCUUGCCAUGCGGCGCAUCAUUUAUACUUUAAUUACAAUUAUGGACAGUUUCUGACAAUAUGGGACCGCAUUUGUGGAAGCUACCGACGACCAGAUGCUGAAUGGUUUGAUAAGCGGCAAGAACCCAAAGAGCGUGGAAUGCGAGCCGGGAAAGCCGAAGUUCCCAAGCUAGAUUAAACUAGCAAGUUUCGGUUGACUGGCAGUAAGGAAGAAGACUUCAAGAGCAAUCUCUUUGACUUCAUAACUCCGUCGCUUCAUCUGGAAGCAAGCCUUGACAGGAGCAUUGGUAGCGAAAAGAAAAUAGUCACUUGACGGAAUGCAUCUAGUAUUACCUCUGAUAAAGAGUAUAGUAUGGUUAAGGAAUAGGCUUUAGGGGGCCUAAUAUACGAUUUGCCAGAGGUAAAGUUACAUGUAUU